AUGGAGGCUGCUGGCAAGCUGCAAAAUGUAUCAGAAAAAGGAGGCCAUGCAACUCAGAGAUAUUUGUUAAGUGCAACAAAAGAGCAUAAAGACCUCUCACAGUGGAAGAUGGCUUAUCCUUUAGAAGAUGAUCCCUUGCAGUGCCUGGAGAACAUUGAGAAUAAUGAGAAUUUUACCUUUACUGCUCCACUAAGGUCCCUUAAGGUGGAGCUGAGAUUCUUGAAGACUUUCUUCUGGUGCAUGGCUAAUAGAUCAGCUGAUAGGAAUCCAAAGUCGAAACGCUUCUUGUCAGUUAUUGAAGGUGUUAUUGUUGAAGCGAGAAAUCACCUUCACUCCCAAUACUGCAAUUCUACAAAUGCUUAUUUGGAAGACGAGGCAGAUUCUUGCUGUAAUGAUAUUCUGGAAAAGAUCAACAAGUACAAGACAGGAGUUAGAGAUUUUUAUACAUCCAUUCCACCAUACAGGUCAAGAACUAAUACUACUUCAAUAGGUGAUGAAACUUCAGCAGACAUCAUCCAAUCCCUCAUAGAUAAUAUGAGUGAUCUGUUACACCAUAAAACCAACUUGAUUGCCUCUGUGAAGGAAAAGAUCAAAUCCCUAGAAGAGAAGCUCAGAUAUCUAAGGUCCUUUGUCAAGUUUACUAAAGCCAACUGCGUUGAGCAAGACAAAAUGGAGGAUCUGUUAACUCAUAUCCACGAUGUUGUGGCUGACAAAGCAGCAUAUCUUUCUUACCAGUGUUGGGUGUAUACCAUUGAUGCAAAUGGAGCACAUGGAAUGAAUUUGAAGCUUACUGGUCUGCUAGAGAAUAUCAAGCCUCACAAGCCGGAGGUCACCGGGAUUUACACUGGUGUCCUUAAAGCUUUAAUGGCAUCAAGAUCAUCAUCUAGCAUGAUGCAGGAUGAAUUUGUUGCAGGCUUUGUCAACUUUCUUUUGGAAGAUCUGAUUGAGCUGACCAACUUGAAGAAGAAUAACUUGGUAAAAGAAAACAAGAAAAAGGAGAAGGGAAAGAUGAAGAACAGCUCUAUGGCUCCUAUGAAAGAUCAAAUUGACAGUCUUCACAAGGAGCUUAGGUUCCUGAUUGCUUUUUUCAUUGAUCCCCCAAAACAAUAUGCCCAGAAUUUCACACUAACUCGUCUCUUGGUUCGUAUAGAGGCUAUGAUUAAGGAGGCAGGAUCAACCAUUUUUCAUGCUAGGGAACUUCAUUUCACACUACCAUAUUUGUUAGAAAAGAUGGGAAAAGCAAGCACCGAAAUCAGAGAAGUAUUCAUCACUUUCCCAAGGAGUUCCUACACUAACUUCCCAAAGACUGAUGAGCUGGGGUUUAUUGAUUCUCUCUUGCAUCAUUUGAAGGAGUUGGUUUACUAUAAGAUUGUUUCAGAUGGCUCUCUCAAGGACCAAAUUAAAAUAAUUCAGCAAGACCUAGUAUUCCUUAGAGAUUUGCUUCAUGAUUCUGCAGAGCAGUGUGAUGAACUGACCAAUCUUAGGAGGAAUACUAUGCAAGAGGCCUAUAGGGUGGAAUACACCCUCCACUCACUUUUAGUUGGUGACCAUACUUUAUGGAGUCACAUUUUGGAUGAUCUUAUAUAUGAAAUCCGGCUAAUUAAGAGAAAGGCAAGUCAUAUUAUGAGCCACAAGAAAACUAGCAAUAUUGGACACCCACCUGUUGCAAGGGCUCCUAGUCGCCAGAAUUCAGAAGCCAGUACUCCCAAAAUUCAAGAUGUAGUGGUGGGUUUGGAGGGUGAAGUUAAAGACUUGGUGAGUCGUCUUACUAGCAAAGGACAACAGGAUGUGGUAUCGAUUGUUGGCAUGCCUGGACUUGGUAAAACAACUCUGGCCAAGAAAGUUUACAGUAACAACAGAAUCACCAAGCACUUUGAUGUUCAAGCCUGGUGUUGUAUUUCUCAACAAUAUGAUAAAGGAGAGGUGUUGCUUGAGCUACUAAGUCAAGUUAGCGAGCAAGAUAACCAUUUCAAAAACAUGAGCAGUGGUGAUUUAGCUCACAAGCUACAUCAAAGCUUGUUGGGAAAAAGGUAUCUCAUUGUCAUGGAUGACGUAUGGAAUAUCCAGGCCUGGGAAGACAUAAGUAGAUCUUUUCCGGAUGAAAACAAUGGAAGUAAAAUCUUGUUGACUAGUCGAGUAAAAGCAAUAGCCUCAGAAAUAAAGCAUGGUAGCACCCCACAUUGCCUUCGGUUUCUAUCCAACGAUAAAUGCUGGGAAUUGUUACAAAAGAAGAUAUUUGGAAAUGGGAUUUUUCCUCCAGAAUUGCAUCAAGUUGGACGGAAAAUUGCAGAUAAGUGUGAAGGACUUCCACUGUAUGUUGUUCUGGUGGCAGGACUGUUACUGAGGACACACAAAACAGAAGAAUGUUGGAACCAAGUCUUUGAAAAGUUAAAUUUAACUGUAUCUGGAGAGGCAAAAGAAUGCACUGAUGUACUCGAACUCAGUUAUCAGCAUUUGCCUGAUCAUUUGAAAUGCUGUUUUCUGUAUCUUGGAGCAUUCCCAGAGGACAAAGAAAUUCCAGUUUCGAAGCUGACAAGGUUAUGGAUUGCUGAGGGAUUUGUCAAAGAAAGUAAGACGAGGAGCAUGGAGGAGGUUGGCGAAGAUUACUUGAUGGAUCUUAUCGAUCGAAGCCUGGUUUUAGUAGCCAAAAUAAGAUCCCAAGGAGGAGUGAAAGCCUGUCGGGUUCAUGAUUUACUGCGAGAUUUCUGCCUCGUGAAAGCAAAACAAGAAAAUUUCCUGCACUGGGUAGAUGGGGAUUCAAGCCUCCCACCUUAUCCAGAAGACCAUGGCAUUGAUCCUCACCAUUCUCCAUCUUCUGGCUCUCCAGUAUAUGAGCACCAUCGACUAUGCAUUUACUCUAAAAGAAAUCAGCUUCUAUCUGCCAGGCCUUCUGGUCCGUGUGCCCGAACUCUGCUAAUAUUUGCCCGUCCUGAUUGGCACCCGCAGCAGGAGUACAACGUCUCAACCAUUUUCCAUGGAUUCAAACUUCUGAAAGUAUUGGAUUUGGGGUGCAUCAAUAUGGGCCAGUCUUUCCCCAGUCAAAUAGAGCUGCUAGUUCAACUGAGAUACUUGGCUGUUUGGGGGAGUAUGAAGGAAGUCCCAUCUUCAAUAGAAAACCUCUGGAACCUGCAAACGUUUCUUGUGAAAGGAACAAUGAAAAGAGUUGCAAUGCCCAUGAAUCUAUGGGACAUGCCGAAGCUAAAACAUGUGCAUGUGCCUCCAUUUUGUCUGCACAAGUAUGAUCAAGAUUUUCUUGACAACAAUGUUGAGACUCUCUCCACACUAUCUCUCAGAGGUGGGAAAGAAACUGAGAACUUAAUGAGGAUAUUCCACAGGCUUCGAAAACUAACAUGCAGAUUCUCAAGGUCUAGAGGUGGCACCAAUCAGUUUCCAGCGCUUGACUUUCUUGAAAGACUUGAAGCACUCAAGGUAAUAUAUGAUGGCAGUGGACGGAACCGGUGCGACCUCCAUUUCCCUCUGAACCUCAAAAAGCUGACUCUCUCGAAAUUUGGCUUGCCAUGGGCUAAAAUCUCAGCAAUUCAGAGGCUUUGGGGCCUGGAAGUUCUGAAACUACUAAACGGGGCUUUUGCAGGGGAAGAGUGGGACAUGACAAGUGAGGAUGAGGAUGAAAACUGCAAAAGCUUUCCUAAUCUCAGAUUCUUGAAACUGGACUCCCUUGACCUUGUUCGAUGGAACGCCGAAGGCCAUAGCUUCCCCCGGCUUCAGCAUCUGGUGCUGAGGAACUGUAAAAAGCUUCAGGAGAUCCCGUCUGGGUUUGCAGACAACAAUACGUUACAGACGAUAGAGGUGGGCCGGUGCACCGUCGAAGCUGCAUCUUCAGCCAAGCAAAUCCAGGAGGAACAAAAGGGUCUUGGAAAUGAGAAGGUGGAGGUUCUCAUUUAUCCUCGACAACACAACAUAUAAUGUGCACUCAUAAACUAAUAAGUGGUCUAUUUUUAUUUUUUCUCAAUAAGUGAUGGUGUGUAAAUUUAUUCAA